CCUUGCUUGUCGAAGAAUCUCUCAAUGUUGAUACGAAAACAUCGAAGACUCGAAUGGAACUCAAGAGAUCCCUUCAAAUUCAGAUUAAGAAGAGGGUGAAGGCGCAGUAUGUGAACGGGAAGUUCUUGGACUUGAUGGAGAAAGUGGUUGCCUGCCCGAAAACUCUUCAAAACGCAUAUGACUGUGUUAGAAUUAACUCAAACGUUGACGUAACAUCGAAUGAUCAUUUAAUCUCAUUCGAACCUAUGGCUGAAGAGCUUCGUAAUGGUAAUUUUGAUAUCAAUGCCAAUACUUUCUCCAUAUCAAGUUCAAGAAAAGAAGUACUCAUUCUACCAAAUCUAAAGUUGAAGGUUCUUCAGGAGGCCAUUAGGAUUGUUUUGGAGUGUGUUUUUAGGCCACAUUUUUCCAAGAUAUCUCAUGGCUGUCGAAGUGGAAGAGGACACUCAACAGCAUUGAAGUACAUCAAAAAAGAGAUAAAAAAUCCUGAUUGGUGGUUCACAGUCAACUUAAGCAAAAAGAUGGAUGAACUUAUGAUGGCUAAACUCAUUACAGUAAUGGAGGACAAGAUAGAAGAUCCCAAUUUAUUUGCUGUCAUUAGAACUAUAUUUGAUGCUGGAGCACUGAAUUUGGAGUUCGGGGAUUUCCCGAAAGGUCACGGUCUUCCACAAGAGGGCGUUCUGUCUCCUAUAUUAAUGAACAUCUAUCUAAACCUCUUUGACCAAGAAUUCUUUAGAUUAUCUAUGAAAUAUGAAGCUAUCAAUGAAUAUAGUAAUGCAGGUCAAGCUGGAUCAAAGUCAAAGCUGCGUAGCUGGUUUCGAAGACAAUUGAAAGGAAAUGAUUCCGAAUAUCCAGGCGACGAGAAAGGUGACAUAAGAGUAUACUGUUGUCGCUGUAUGGACGAAAUCUUUUUGGCUAUAUCAGGUUCUAAAGAUGUUGCUCUGAGGUUUAGAUCUGAGAUUUUAGAUUUCUUACAGAAUUCUUUGCAUUUGAAUGUUCAUCAUCAAGAGGAAAUGGUAUCGUGUCGGGCUACUCACGGAAUUCGUUUUCUUGGUUGUUUGGUUAGAAGAAGUGAGCAGGAAAGUCCUGCUGUAAAAGCUGUUCAUAAGAUGAAAGAAAAGGUUGAGCUAUUUGCUUUACAAAAGCAGGAGGCUUGGAAUGCUUGGACAGUGUGGUUGGGGAAGAAAUGGCUCGCUCAUGGCUUGAAGAAGGUGAAAGAGUCAGAGAUUAAGCAUUUAGCUGAACAGAGCCCUUCUUUGAAUCAAAUUUCGAGUUUUCGUAAAGCCGGGAUGGAAACCGAUCAUUGGUACAAGGCUUUACUAAAAAAUUGGAUGCAAAAUAUAAACGCAAGAGCUGCAGAGAGUGAAGAAACAAUCUUAUCUAAGCAUGUAGUGGAACCUUCUCUUCCUCAGGAACUUAGAGACUCCUUUUAUGAAUUCCAACGGUGUGUGGAAGAAUAUGUUUCUUCUGAGACAGCUUCUACUAUUGCUCUUUUACCAAAUUAUGAUCCUUCUGCCAAAGUGACUUUCGUAACUGAGAUUAUAGCUCCAGUCAAUUCCAUUGGAAAACGACUACGGCGAUAUCGGCUACUCACGAAUAAAGGGUAUCCAUGCCCCUCUCCUUUCCUCAUCGUACAAGAUGACACUCAAAUUAUUGACUGGUUUUUCGGAGUAGCUCGUCGUUGGUUUAGAUGGUACACCAAUUGUUCUAACUUCAGUGAGUUGGUCUUAAUUUGUGAUCAAGUUAGGCAAUCUUGUAUCCGAACGCUAGCAGCAAAGCAUCGAAUACACGAAAGUAUCAUAGAAAAGAAGUUUGAGUCAGAGCUGAGUAAGAUUUACUCCACCCCUGAUAUAGAACAAGAACAGAAGGAAUCAUCAGAUACCAAUGGUUUAGACAAUGAUGAGGCAUUGAUGUAUGGAAUUUCAUACAGUGGUUUGUGUUUGCUAUCUCUUGCUAGAAUGGUUAGCCAAUCUCGUCCUUGUAAUUGUUUUGUCAUGGGGUGUUUGAGUCCUGCACCAAGUGUUUAUACUCUUCAUGUCAUGGAGAGACAAAAGUUUCCGGGAUGGAAGACUGGAUUCUCGAGCUCCAUCCACCCGAGCUUGAACAGACGACGAUUUGGGUUAUGCGAGAAACAUUUGAAGGACUUGUAUCUUGGUCACAUUUCAUUGCAAUCUGUUGACUUCGGUGCAUGGAAUGUUAAGAACUACUAAUCCCCACAAUGGUAUGAUAUUGUUCACUUUGAGCAUAAGCUCCGUGACUUAGCUUUUAGUUUCCCCAAAAUGUCUCAUACCAAUAGCUAACGUGGGACUACUCCUCUCAAUAAUCAUCAACAAUCCUCCCCUCGAACAAAUUACACCACAGGGUUGACUCUUGAGUCACCUUCGAGACUCACAACUUCUUAAGAAAGUGAGUGGUUUUUGUUCUGUGCAUGAUCUCAUUUAGCUUGUGCAUGGGAUAGAUUUGCUGAGAGAAACGCCAUGGGUGGAGCUUCAUGGUGCCAGGUUUGAACAGCAUUCAAUUGAAUACGUGCUGUUUAUAUUGAUAUCAUGUUGGAAACCUUCUCAAUUGCUCGGAUGAAGAAUAUUAAUUAUGUUUGAGCUAA